UUAGUCUAUGGAUAAUGGACAUCCAAGUUCCGACAUUUAAUACAUAAUUAAGUAGUACUAGUACGUACUCUGUGCCUGGUAAUAAUCAAACUGGCAUUAUGUUAUGUAUGUUUUCAGUUGUGGUUAUAUGAGUUCAUGUAGUGGUUCAAAUUUGUUGAAUGAAAUAGGAAAGAAAAUUCACAAUGUUACCCUCAACGGGUUAUUUCAAAGGGAUUAAUUGUCCUUUUUAUGACAGCGGAUUGUGUGAGCGUCCCUAUUGCCAUUUUCGUCAUGUUAAGAAAGAACCACAAAACAUUUCUAAUGAUGGAAUGGAAAGUGGAGCUAUUCUGCAAAAACUGGUGUCAGCUGCAGUCCAAAAAGUUUUACAGCAAACAGAGACUGGCACAACCUCAUCAACGCAAUCUAAUUCCGAUAUUGAGGCAAAUAACUUAAAACAACAGUCGUCCAAAGCUACCUACAACCCUACACCGAUAGCCGAACUAAAUAAAAUAAAUAAUACAGAUUCUGAUACUGAUGAUAUAAAUGAACAAAAAAAGAGACAUAUACCUGUGCCAUAUACACCGAGAAAGCCAGCCAGUUUGCCGAUUAAGAGACCCAUAGAUACGAAUGGUUCGAAGCUUUUCACUUAUUUACCACCUGUUAAGUAUACCCCAGGUUCUGAAACUGUACCAUUAGAUCCUUAUACACCAAAAGGAUCGAGUGAAUCAAAAGAAACGUAUUUGCCAGGAUCAGAAGUUGAAAUACCAGAAUAUACACUUAAUGAUACACAGAAUUCUAAAGUAAAUUAUAUUCCAUCAGAUAAAAAUGUUAAUAAGAAAAAAAUAUUAGAGUAUAAACCAACUAAGGUUAAAAGUCAACUUCCCUCUGUUACAUACCAACCAACACCAAAAUCAUUGGUCCCUUGUUUUUCAAGUGAUGAAGACGAACCAGAUAAUAAGAUAAGAAAACUUUCAAAUGACCUUAAUAGUUUAGAUGACUUAGGGCCAGAAUUUGAUAUUUUAGAUCAAAUUCUUGAUGAGGAGAAAACAGAAAAAGAUAUUAAAAACAUAACACAAAAAGGUUCUAAGGAAUGUAAGGAAAACAGGCACAAAACAAAAAGCUCAAAAUCAGACAAACCUUAUAAAAAUGACACAAAAAAAUCUGAUAAAGAUAGAUCAAACAAAUCAAUAGAAAAAUCUAGUGAGAAAAAGGAUAUACAAAACAAAAAGACAACUUCUGAUAAAAAAAGUAGUCAUAAAAGUUCAAGUAAAGAUAAGAGUAGGUCUGAGAGCAAAGAGAAAUCAGACAAAAAAUCUCAUUCUAGAGACAAAAGUUCAGAUAGCAGUUCUAAACAUUCAAAAAGUAGUUCAUCAAAACAUUCAAAACAUGAUAGUAAAGCUAAAGAUAUAAAGCGCAGUGAUAACAAUCAUCAUAAAUCGCACUAUAAAGAAUCAAAAGAAAAAAGGGAGAAACACAAAAAGAAACACGAUAAAUCUGUUAAGAAAAAUAAAUCUGAUAUUGAAGAUGAUCAUAACUAUGAAGAACUCAUUGAUGAUGAGUUAAAUGAAUUGUCUGAAUCUGAUGAAGAAACUAUUGCGCAAGAAUGUAAAAGAAUUUUUGAAGAGUAUAUACCAACUAAAAAAAUAAACAAAAAUGAAACUGAAAAGGUAGAAAAUGAAAUCGAAAAUGCUGAAUACAUAACACAAAGUAAAAAACGAAUAUCGAGGACCAUUGAAAAAAAUAUUAAAAUACUACCUAAAACUCCAGUGAAACCUGAUUUUAAAGGUAAUGCUGCUCAAGCUAUGGCAGAAAGAUUAGCUAAAGUCAGAGAAUUUCAUGCUGCAAAAAGUUCUAAUGAACAUGUUAUUGGUACAAAUUUAAUUCCAAAAACAGAUAUUACAAAGAGUAGUUCUAAAAUUCGCAUUGCUCAUGUUCCUUAUGCAUCAACAUUGUUGUCUGCAAAAAAAGUUAUUCCUUCUAGUAUAAAUUCUGUUAAACAAGUAGAUCCCUCACCUAGUACAUCCAUACAAACUGUUAAGAAGGGUACCCAGAGAGUAGCACACAUACCUAAUGAAAAGUUUAUAGAUAGACCUGGGGUUCUGGAACCACUUGGUUCAAAAAUUCCGGUAAAUAUAAGGUCAACAUAUUUAAAUCUGAUGAUUGAUCAUAGUUUAAAAAUAUACAUCUCAGCAACAGACGCUUAUGCCAGAGCCCAGCAUGAGGAAUUAACAACCAGUAAAAAAUGUUCUACUGUGCAAAUUUAUAAAAAUUCGGCUGUUCUGACAAUUAGUAGACUGAAAAAAGAAUUACAAGAAUGUAACGGAGUAAAGAAAUCUGGAGGAGAUUUUUCAUCAUUACAAAAAGGAGGACAACAAGGGACCGUAAGUAAAUCAUGUACAGCUGGAUCAUGGAGCAUCGAGAACAAAAAUAGAAACAAUAUUGUUGAUAUAAAACAAUUAACCGGUUCAAAGUUAUAUAAUUACAUCAAAAAAUGGAUUUUAACAGAAGAACAACUCAUACAAAAUGGGUAUCCCAGGCCACAUAGCAGUGGUGUGAAGGGAAGAGCUAUCAUUCAUGGUCAGAACAAACAAAAUCCACCCAAAGGCUUUAUAAGAACUUGUUGUAGAUGUAAAAAGAAUUACACAGUAGAUAAAAAAGGGUUUGCAGCAAUUAAGGAAGAGUGUAUUUACCACCCUAACAAUAAAUAUAGAGUUCGGGGCGAGGCCCGCUACCAGUGCUGCAGUCAGGAUGGAACUUCUGAUGGUUGUUGUAUAGCUUCAAGUCAUGUUUAUGAAUAUGUUGAUUUUGAAAAUUUAAAAGGUUAUGUGAAAACCUUACCACCUGAAAAUGUAUUGGAGGAUUAUGGGGUAUACUCAUUGGACUGUGAAAUGUGUUAUACGACACAAGGGUUAGAUUUGACCAGGGUAACAGUGAUUGAUGCAGCAUGUAAAGUAGUGUACGAAACACUAAUCAAGCCUCUUCAUCCAAUUAUUGACUAUAAUACAAGAUAUUCUGGAAUUACUGAAGAACAAAUGUCAGAAGUGAAGACUACACUCCUGGAAGUACAAGCAACAUUACUUGCUAUGUUUACUAGCCAAACUAUUUUGAUAGGUCAUAGUUUAGAAUCUGAUUUUAAAGCACUCAAACUUAUUCAUGAUACGGUUAUUGAUACCAGUGUUUUAUUUCCACAUAAAAUGGGUCCACCUUAUAAGAGAGCAUUACGAAAUUUAUCAUCAGAAUAUUUGAAAAAAAUUAUUCAAAAUUCUGUGGAUGGUCACGAUAGUGCUGAAGAUGCGAGUGUGUGUAUGGAGCUUAUUCUUUACAAAGUAAAAGAAGAUCUUAAAACGAGAUGAUAAAAAUCUUGAAAUGAUAACUAUUAGGUGAUUAUAACAUAAUCAUACACAAGUUGUGAUAUUAAAAAUGUUGAAUGUAAUAUAUCCAGAAACAGUGUAUUAACUUCAUGUGUAAAUAUUUAUCUAUAAUGGGUAUUAUAAAUUGGUGUAGAUCAGUCUUUUUGUAUUGUAAUUCAGUUUGAUUAAGGGUCUGUUUGUAUAUUAAAUUAAGGUUUAUUUAUUUGAUAGCAAUAAAAUUGUUCACAUUUCUGAUAAAGGUGUAAGAGCUUUUUGUAUAAAAUAUUUUUUUAUAAAAAUAUUUUUUAUUGCAAAUCCUAUUUAAUAAGCACUUCUUUAUGCGUGGGAUUGCUUAAUUUAUUGUUUCGAUGUAUCUUAAGCAUAGGCUAUGGUAUAUAUAAAUUU